AUGUUUUAUGGAACGAGCUUCUUCAAAAAGUCAACAGCCAGUCCGCAGAUAAAAAACGACCUUCCCAACCACGUGACGCAAGGAAACACUGGCUCCGCCAAAAAUGCCCUCUGGGACGUUAUCUGUGAUAGUGAUCUUAACAGUUCAUCCGACCUUGACGACUCGAUGGAAUACUUUUAUUCACGAUCCAGUUUAUUCAAAAACAGAAGCGAUGCAAAUGAAAGCAAAUUAAGUAGUACGUCCGGCCCUCAAAAGUGGAAAUCAAAAUUCUUUAACGAGCCACCAAGGGAAUCGCCGAAAGUUAACCAAAGCAUGGACAGCAUUGAAGACUGUGAACCUGCGCCAAGUUCGCCAGCCCUGAAAUAUACAAUAGGUCAGGCAAAAUCAGGGGGCUUCCAGAAGAUGUCAAGUUUUGGCCAGUCGCCGGUAUAUAAGUCGCCAGUAGUCACGACCUCAUCAGGGCGCGCCGAAAAGGACUUUUCUUUGAGGGGCUUCAGUACCAGAAAGUCACCCUCUUUGCAGAAAAAAACUGACGACGAGAACCUUGCAGAACCAGAGCUUACAGUCUACGAAGAAGAUGAUGAAGGAGAAAAAGAAGAAGCCCCUCAAGCCUCAAACGAGAUCGUGGAAGAGCGCAAAAUACCGGCACCAACACCUUCAGUGGAUCGCGCUUCCGAUUCAAUUAGACUGGAAAGGUUACCGCUUUUGCAGCUGAAAUUGAAAAACGAGGCGAUAAAGCUAGAAAACUGGAAAAAUGAACUAGUCAGCAACCUACAAAAGAAGGAGAAGUUAGUGAAGGCCGAGAUCGAAAGUUCAGAAAAGGACAUCAGAAUAGAGGAGGCUCACCGGAAGUGUUCGCAACUGACAGAUGAUUUACGGCACGUGUAUGAAUUGCUUCAGGCCUCAAAAAGGGAAAAUACAGAGCGUACACAGGCAGUCAGCUGCUUGCAGGAAACAGUUAGUAAAUUGGAGCUGGAAAAGGGCCAUCUAGAAGAGAUGGUGAAUAAAUUGGAGGUGGAGCACUCAAACACAAUGACAAUCUAUGAAGAGGCUAUGCAAAGUUUGAAGUCAAAAACAGCUGACAGCCUUUUGGCACUCAUAUUAAUGGUUAGUGAAAGCAAUGAACUGAUGAAGUCUUAUGAACAGUCGGAAGGUAAGGUUUUUUCCCUGACCAUUAUGGCUUGGUCUUUAGUGAACCUGAAAAUGUGCUUGAUGAAGACAGAACUGGAAAUCGAGACUGUAAAAUGCCGCGAAAAAGAUCUGUCACAAAGAAUCACGGAGAUGAAGAACGAAGAACUCGCAAAAUCCCAGAAGAUUAACGAAAUCUCAACCGUUCUCCAGAACUGCAAGAACGAAAAUGAGAAAUUAAGGAUGGAGGCUGACAACGGUGCAAAAGCUUUGAAGGAGCUUGAUGAGGCGUACAAAACCCUUGAUAGCACACUUAUCCAGACUCUGCAAAAACAGGAAGAACUAAAAGAAAACUAUGCAACUCUGGAAAGUCACUGUCAGGAACAGGAAACUACGCUGGCCAAGGAAAAUAUCAAGGCGGCGAAGCAGGCUGCGUAUGUGGACAAAUUAGUCAAACAAGUCGAAAGCUUGGAAAAAGAGAGAACCCAACUGAAAGCUAAGCUUCAAGACUCCAAGAAGCACGCUGAGGUCAAAAACACCAAAGUGGAAGAACUAGAGAGCCAGCUUCAAGAACGCCUACGGCAAUUAGAAGAACUGAGGGAGACGGUUCGUAUGAGCGAUACUGAAAAGGCAGAAAUUGAAAAAUCGGCGCGUGAGAAUUUGGCGUCGGUUGCCAGCAAGGAGGCCGAGAAUGCGCAGUUGACGGAAAGGUUGCAGUUGGCGGACGCGGAGCGAAUGGCCGCCAUCAAGCGCAAUGAUGAGAUUCGAGCUGAACUGCUCUACGCUAUGGAGCAGCAACAACAGGAGAUGGACAAGUUGCUUAGACUGAAAGACAGAGAACUCGAGAACCUGCGCUCAACCCUUGCCACACAGCAAAAUGAUUCUGAGAAAAAUGUCAAGAAAACGGAGAAGAAGAUUGCUGAGAGUGGAACUCAGAUUGAAAAGCUAACCAAACAACUGAGGGAAUGUACUCAAGAAAAGGUAAUGAUCUCCUCUCAACAGUUCGUUAGCAGUUAG